GGGGGAGUCUGCAGGGUGUAAAAUACACAGGAGCUGCGAAUCAGAAACUCCGCAGACCUGCAUAACUUUUCUAACAAGCAGCAGGCGUUUUUUUUUCCUUUCUUAACUCGACUUUGGUAGCUGGAAAGAUGACCACAGCCGUGGUGUCGCCUUUCUUCGACUUUGAAGUAAUAAACAAGAAUAAAUUCAGCUACAACAACAACCUGGGAGGCCCUCACCCAGUGUCCGUUCCUUGCACUGGCACCAACGUGCCAAUCUCCAAUGCCGCUGGAUCCCUGCUGGACAGGAAGGCGGUGGGAUCUCCCGCAAUGGGAGGCGUGUACCAUCGGCGCCACUCCGUCAGCAGCACAAAGUACAGCCAGAACCAGUUUCUGAACAGCCUGAAGGCGGCGGAGCACUCCUCGCUCAUCUCAGGGGUUGGCAGUGCCGGCAGCAGCAACAAGGAGAACCGCCUGCGAGAUCGCUCCUUCUCCGAGACGGGCGAGAGGCUCCUCAACAAGUGCAUGGGCCCUUCAAGUCCAACAUGCGGCGGCAGCAGCCCGGUGAACUCCAGCCGUUACAAAACAGAGCUCUGUAGGCCCUUCGAGGAGAAUGGCACCUGCAAAUAUGGCGACAAGUGUCAGUUUGCCCACGGAGUGCACGAACUGCGCAACCUGAGCCGCCAUCCCAAAUACAAGACUGAGCUGUGCCGCACCUUCCACACCAUCGGUUUCUGCCCCUACGGGCCGCGCUGCCAUUUCAUCCAUAAUGCCGAGGAGCGCCGUGGACCCCCACAGCAGUCCUCCACUUUAAACUCUUCCAACAAGAUGGAGAGGCCUCGACUGCAGCACAGCUACAGCUUUGCAGGCUUUUCCAGCUCUGGUGGGCUUAGGGACAGCCCAACCUCUGUCACCCCACCACCCAUGUUCUUCCCAGAUGAGGUCCCAAACUGGCCCAGCAGCAACCCUUUCACCUAUUCCAGCCAGGAGCUGGCCAACUUGUUUGGGCCAAGCCUCAGCACCGGUACUGCAGGCCCGGAGCCCAACAGCGCCGCACCACAAUCUCCAACAGGCACGCCUUACUUCUUCAGACCCAUGAUGGAGUCCCCUGAGCUAUUUGAGCCUCCCUCUAGCCCCCCAGACUCUCUGUCGGACCAGGAAGGCUACCAGAGCAGCUCCGGCUCAGAGUCCCCGUCGCUAGACAACACCCGCCGCCUUCCCAUCUUCAGUCGCCUUUCAAUUUCUGACGAGUAACCGGCACUCAUCUAAAAAUCAGUGACACAAAGAGGCACUCCCCUCUACCUCUCCCUCCUUCCCUGAAAUUGCCUGUCCUCCCUUACUCCAGAUCCUUGUUGUAAGGACAUAAUAAAAUUAAGAGAACUAAAUUAUAAUUUCACCCCAGCUGAUCUGCACAUAAAGUUUUCGAAAUGAUGCCAUGUGUCAUAGUGCCAAACGAGGAGUGGAAACUGAACAAUGCAAAUCAUGAGAACAAGAAUUGACUGUUUUUCCAGGUGCCACUUGUUUAUUUUUCUCUUUUUCCCUCCCUUUUCCUCCUUUUUCAUUCAUGAAUGUGUAGCAGCACAAGUGGCCUUGGAAAGGGGAGUGCAUUGCACUAACCCAACCCUCCCUUCCCUCCCGUCUUCCUGCGCUGUGUCCCUGAUGACAUCACGUCCCCUGAGCUAGCUAGAAGGUGCUCACUAAUGUAAUUGUAGCUCUACCGCAGACGUUUUUACAAACUGAUAUGAGACAAAAACAAAGUAAACAGACCCUGAAAAUAUAUGAAUAGUUUUUUAAAAAGGUUUAAAAAAAGUGCCUGGGGUGGCAUCUGCAUGUGUUUAGGUUGAAUGGACUACUGUUUUCGCUUCCUUACCUGCUCCCAUGCCUCUUCAAGGCCUAUCUUCUGUUUCUGAUCUGGGUGAGUCUGCAGGAAGGACUUUUGAACUGGAAGUUGGUUAUAUACUCUCCCCAUGCGAGUUUUCCCUCCUGUUGCUGGUCACUGGCUUUUUUUUUUUUUUUUUCAUUAUUUUUGGGAAGGAAGUCUGUAUCGUACUGAUCAUUAAACCUGUAUGACUUUGUGCCCCCCCCCCCCCCCUCCCACCUUUUAGGCCUCUACGAUCUGGGGGAUUUCCAGCAUUCCCAUGGUGCGGUUCAGAUCGGAUCUCCAAGCUGUUUAAUUUUAUCCCUCCCCCUUUUACCCCCUUUACCACCCGCUCCACUGAGCAUUCUGUACUCAUUACGACCCUUUUGCUUUCAUUAUUUGAUAAUUAUUUUUUAUUAAUGUUAUUAUUACGGUUAUUAUUUGAAAAAAACUUUCUAGACAGAAGGUUUGCGUGUCACUGCUUAUUUAACUUAUCAGAACAUAUUUAUUGGUGAUCAUAUGCAUUUUUUGUUAAUUUUGUUUUUUGUAUUUAUCUGGAUAAUGAACAAUAGAAUAUAUUUUCUUUUAUGUUAAAUUAUGAUCUUCCAUAUUAAUCUAAAGAUUGUGAAGACAUGUUUUGUCAGUUUUCCUUUUUUUCACAGUUUAAUAUAUUGUACUUCAAUGACUUUUUGUUCUGCAACUACACUUUGUCAGAAAUGAAACUAAUUUAAAGCAGAAAAAAUGCAAAAAAGAAGUUUGUGUUUUUGAUUAUUUAUUAUCCUUGUUUCUUUUUCUUUUCUUACUCCCUCUCAUUGGACUGCAAUUCCAACUAAACAAGAUUUGCUUGUGUUCAUUCCAGAUGUUGUCCCUGCACAACUUCUAACAAUCUGACAGUAGCAGUUGCCAACUGUUAUUACAUAAAUUAAGCUUAUUGAAAUACAAUUCUUGAAAAAAACUGGUCCCAACUGGAGGACUGGUUGUGCUAAAAUGAGUUUUCUUCCUAGUCUGUUAUAACAAGCAAUAGCUGUGACCAAAUGAGUUGAGGAUAGUUUUAUUUUGUUUUUUUGUUUUGUUUUAUAAUUUGAUCGGAUGCUUGACGCACUUGCUCUGCCCCCCUUCUGACCAGUGGAAGUGCCUCUUUGAAUACAUUCCAGGUAGCUAAGGGCUUCUCGGCCUUUUUAUAUUUGAUAAAACAGUACAGUUUUUAAAGUCGCUCGUUCUGUGUUGCCUUCUCAUGUUUUGGAAGAGGUGAAAGGAGUCUGACACAAAAGUGAAACUGUUGAAUGUAUUUUUUUUCCUUUUUUUGUUCAGCCAUGUGUUUUCACUACAGUAAUUUCUGUGAGUUUAUAUGAAAACCUAUUUUUCCCUCUUUUUUUUGUAAGUAUUGAUUGCAGUUAAGUCAAUAAACCCCAUAUUUUUUGGAAAACUUAA